AUGUGUACGAGCAUCAUCUAUAGUUGUCAUUCAAGGGUUUAGACAGUUAGCGAAAAUAUAAAUUCUAAAAUUUUCACAAAAACAUUAAUGAGUGCAAAGAGUAUUAUAAUAAUACGGGUUGAUGAUUGAAUUAAAAGAGAUUUUCAGGGAAACAAGUAUACAAUGUGAAGAAACAGUAAUAUUGUAUUAAAAAAACCAUGGAAGAAGAUGAAGAAUACAUAGAGAAUUCUUGGACUUACUUAAUGUUUUGCAUUGAACCUACACUUUACGAAGGCUUAAGAUUUGCAAAAGAUCUGCUUCUUGCUAAUCUUUGUUUAAGAUUUCUCAUACAAUUUAUAUCUAUGCCGCAAAAUGUUCGCCAUAGCAUAAGUUUAAUAAUAGGUAGUCUAUUACUGUAUCAUAAUAUUGGAGCAGCAAUUUCGUGGGUUUAUGGAUUGACUGCAGGUGCAUAUUUAUUAAUUUUAAUGUUAAUAAGCAUAACAAAGAAAAAAAUUGGUGGUGCUGUUACUUGCAUAAGUGUCAUAUCUUUUUUACUACUAUGUGAAUUGUACUUAAUUAACCCAAAAGUAUGGCAGCAAAUAAGAGGAAUACAAAUGAUUGCAUCUAUGAAGAUUAUUUCAAUUGCAAUAGAACUAGAUCGAAGCUUGUUUAAAAAAGUGGUUAACCCUAUUGAAUUUACUGGUUAUAUUCUCUGUCCUGCAAAUUGUAUGUUGGGGCCUUGGAUUUCAUAUAAAUCUUAUGAGAAAGAUUUAUGUGUUAAAUUUUUAACUCGAAGAUGGAUAAGAAUAAUUCUAAGUAACCUGCUCCUGGCAAUGAUAUUUUUAAUUAUGUCUAAUUGUAUUAUCCCUUGGUUUAUUGACGAUGACAGUAUGAAAUGGUUAAUUGCAUAUAGAGAUGCACAAGCAUUCAGAAUGUCUCACUAUUUUGUGUCAAGUAUGUCGGUGGUGUCGAUGAUAAGUGCUGGUUUUGGAUUGACAAAUGAUUGCCACUCAGAAAUUCAAAUAACCAAACCUCAUUUUAUUGAACUGCCAAGAUCAUUAGUACAAGUUGUUAUUUUUUGGAAUAUACCAAUGCACCAAUGGCUGAAAAAUUAUGUGUUCAAAACAUGUCAACCAUAUGGACAAUUUUUUGCAAUCUUUACAACAUAUGCAAUAUCUUCCCUACUACAUGGUUGUAAUUUCCAACUAUCAGCAGUUCUUCUGAGCAUUGGAACAUUUUCUUAUAUAGAAUAUAAUUUUAGAUACAAGGUUGCAUCUGCGUUAGAAGUUUGUUGUUUAGCUAAUCCAUGUGUUAAACAAUGUGAUCAUAAAUAUAAGAAAAGCAGUUUUAUGGCAAUGUUUAUAAAUUUAACAUUUUCUCUCAUAACAAUAUUGCAUCUUGCUUACUUAGGGGUUAUGUUUGAAGCAUCUUUUUCAGUGCAGGAGACUGGUUACUCUUUUUCUCAUACAAUUAGUAAAUGGGAAAAUCUUGACUUCUUUAAUCAUGGUCUUGCUGCAAGUAUGUUUGUUAUUUAUUUAAUGAUGUAGGUGUACUAACAUGUACUUCUAUAGAAGAAUCUCGAUAGGGGUUGUUUAAAAUUGUGAUCAAUUACAUUUGUGAUAGUAAGAUGUAUUAUUUUAUCUUUGAAUUAGUAUUUAACAUUUGCACAAAAAGUAGUGGUAAUUUAUCCUCAUAAAAAAUGUACUUAACCAAUAUUUGGUAUUUCACUUUGUAGUUCAAUCUUAUAAACAUUAUUUAAAUUUUCUUAAUGAUUUUUAUGUAAAAUCUGGUAAUAAUUUUUCAUGUAUACACUAUUAAAACUUCCAGUCAAUUACAUAAAGUUGUUUUAAUGUUUGUUAAUUCCCAGAUAAGUUUUCCAUCGGAGAGUUUAAACUCUUUUGUAAACAAGUUGUCAUAUGAUUGAACAAUUAUAAAAUUACAUCCUUCAUCCCUAGUAGACACUUGGAUGCGGUAAUUUAUUCUUUCAUCAGUAGGAGUAGAACAACAAGGUUCUAGUUUAUCAAUAGUAUCUUUAGUGCUGCUAAAAUACUCUGGUCUUGUGUAAAAAACAACUGUUUUGAAAUCUUUACAGGCUUUCUGUAUUAUUUUGAUUAAAUUUUUUGUAUAAACAUCCAUUUUUGUGGCUUUAAAUCCUUGUUCUGACCAGUAGAAUGCAUGAAGUGUGUUAAAAACAAUCAAUGAUAUAUUUGGAUGUUUAACAAGAAUUGAGCCCAGAUUAGAAACUGUAAUAUAAAAUUCAGUAGCAUCAUACAAAUAAAUGAAUUGUAUGUUAUUCAGUGUGAAUUCAAGUAAGGCGUCAAUAUCAUUAAAAACUUGUUUUUCUUUCCUGUUGACUAAAUGUUUCUUUAACUUAUCUUUAAGUAUCUUGACGAAAGUGGUGAUAUUAAAAUUUCCAUCGGUAAUAAAUAUUACUACACCAGAUUCUAUACCGCCAAAUUCUUGUGGUAUUAAUGUUUCACUUAUUAAUUCAUACAGCAAGAAGUUUGGAUUAUUAUUACUAAAAAUUUCAACGAUCUCUCCAUGUUUUAAUCCACGUUUGAAUAUUGGUGUAUAAAAGUUUUCAAAGCUAGCCUUUUUCGUUAACCUUGAUAAUAACUGAACUCCAGUUUCAAGUUUAGUUUUCAGUGCCAUUAUUAAAAAAAAGUAGGUACUUAAAAUGAAUGGACUUAAUUUAGGUUGAAGUCUUUAUAUUUUAAUUAUUACUCGAUAGUUUCCAUUCUACAUGCUGCUACGCUACUGUUUUUUCUUAUAUUUUAUGAUCCACAAACUUUGUUACUUGAAUUUUGAUUUUUGACGAGUACAGGUCUCUACCACAGAUUAUGGAUUAAAUAAUAAUUAUUUCGUAGUUCCGUGCUUACUUCUACCUAGUGGAUCCACUAUAUACACUACACCGAUUCCCGAGGAGGAAUGCGCUUAUUAUACAGUAGAUUUAGUUUUUACAUUCAGAAGCAAAUUUAGAAAAUAGAGGCUUGUGCACAUUGUCCUUAAACUGAGUAACUAGAUCGAUAAUAAUCUGUGGUCCUUAUUAUUACUGAAUUAUAUCUAAUUCAGUAAUAAUAUUAAAGAAAUAAAACACUCAGUGUCCAUA